AUGAUAUUAUCGACUUUAGAGCAGAUUUUAACUCAUAUUUCCUUUUCGAUGGUUUCCGCAGUAAUUAUACUCCAUUUGAUAACUUUAUUCGUCAAUGAAAUAGUAGGACUAUAUAAUUCAUUAGAAAAAGGCAUGAUAGUUACUUUUUUCUCUAUAACAGGGUUAUUAGUUACUCGUUGGGUUUAUUGGAAGCAUUUGCCAUUAAGUGAUCUAUAUGAAUCAUUAAUAUUCCUUUCUUGGAGUUUAUACCUUAUUUAUAUGAUUCCCCUUUUUUUUAAAAAAGAGAAAAACUCUUUAAGUACAAUAACCGCACCAAGUGCUAUUUUUACCCAAGGAUUCGCUACAUCGGGUCUCUUAACUGAAAUGCAUCAAUCCGGAAUAUUAGUACCCGCUCUCCAAUCCCAGUGGUUGAUGAUGCAUGUAAGUAUGAUGGUAUUGGGUUAUGCAGCUCUUUUAUUCGGAUCAUUAUUAUCUGUAACACUUCUAAUCAUUCUAUUUCAAAAAGAUAUUAUAAGGGUUUUUGAUAAACGAAACCUUUUAUUAAAUGAGUCAUUUUUCUUCAGUGAGGUUCAAUACAUAAAUGAAAAAGGCAAUAUUGUACAAAAUGUUUCGCCCUCCUCUGUUCGAAAUUAUUACAGGUCCCAAUUGAUUGAACAACUGGAUCAUUGGAGUUAUCGUGUUAUUAGUCUAGGAUUUAUCUUUUUAACCAUAGGUAUUCUUUCAGGAGCAGUAUGGGCCAAUGAGGCAUGGGGAUCAUAUUGGAAUUGGGACCCAAAGGAAACUUGGGCAUUUAUUACUUGGACCAUAUUUGCAAUUUAUUUACAUAUUCGAACAAAUAAAAAUUUUCGAGGUGCAAAUUCUGCAAUUGUGGCUUUUAUAGGCUUUCUUAUAAUUUGGAUAUGCUAUUUUGGGGUUAAUCUAUUAGGAAUAGGGCUACAUAGUUAUGGCUCAUUUACAUUAACGCUUAAUUAA